AGAAAGUUGCACACGUAUAUUAGCACCUGGAAGCUGCAACCAUGACCCUGGUCACUGCUUCUUCCCCAGCUCCAGGGGGGACCAUGGGGAUCUGGCAGGACAUUUUUGCAGCAAAGAUUGCAGACAGGCACUUAAAGGAGUCAUGGGUUCUUCAAGAGGAUGAUACCCUGCAGAUCCAUGCCCCCAGGUCUGGCUGGAAGGAGUUUGUGCAGUACCGUGCACUUGCAAGGUUUCAGUGCUCCCAGUGCUUUCAUGAGUGGUCUUCAGCCAGAGUGCACGUCGUGUUCCACAUGUGCAGGAGCAGGAGCCGGGGCCGGGGCAAGGUGAAGAUGCGAGUCUUCCGCCAGGCGUGCAGGCGGUGCCCUGACCCCCAGCUGGAGGAGCCUGAAUUCAGCCAGGAGACCAUGGAGAGGCUUCUGCACAACCUGGUGCUAAACAUCCUCAAGGACUUCUACCACAUGCCCAUCCAGCCCUCCGACCUCAUGGAAGUGGUGGUGGACGCUGUGGUGGCAGGGCCACACGACAGCACCCGCUGCGAGGGCUGCCAGCUGGGCUUCUGCAGCCAGUCAAGGCCAGCCCUGCUGUCGGGCUCCUUGGAUCCCUUGGUGGUUACAGGCAAGGCCAGGACCCAUCGCAGCCCGAAAUGCCAGGGCACGAGGCACUGUGCAACUCUAACACACCACUCCUUCAACAGCUUCCCCUGGCAGCGCUGCUGCUUCUUUGUUGUCUCUCUGCUGUGUGUUUUGGCAGUGCUCCUCUUCAUCAUAUUUUAUUUCACCAGGCAGUAGUGGGAGCUGGGGUCAAAAAGAGUAAUGGGUGGUGGCUGGAGGAGCUGAUGGAGCACCUGGAAAGUUGGGUGUCCAAGAUCAGCUCUUGCUUGUGGCACAACGGGGCUUAUUUGGCUUUUGGGGGGGCAUGAACACAUCAGGGUCCUUCAGCCAGACACCUCAUCCAAUAGCCUCGGGAAGCCCAGUGGAUCUCGUGGUUUCUUGCAGGAAAUAUUCUGCAUGAGGACAACCUUCAGCUGCCCCGUGCGGCAGCUGGAGUGUACUUGCAAGAAUAAGGGAAGCCCUUUCUCCUCAGCACAAGGAUACAUUUGAAAAUAAAAAUAGCUAUAA